UCGUUGUUGUACGGUAGAUACGGUAAAUAAGUAAGUGUGUGUGAGUCUGGGAAAGAACGACAAAUAAAGAGAGCAGGAAAGGAAAGAGAUGUACUGGGACACUAUCAUCAAACCUGGAGACAGCAAAGACUCGAAGAUAAAGAUGGAGGUUUGCCAGACUGGAUAUUACACAGAAGACUUCAGGACACAGGAAGUGCCGGCUGGCUUCGACUUUGCAUCUUAUGACUACCCUGGUGAAGACCUGUCUUUUCUGUUAGACAGUAAAGCACCCGGACAGCAGCAGUACGGCACAGAAGGCAGCUAUCCAGAGCCACCAAAAGCUUCUCACCCUUACGACACUAAAGUGAGCAACAGCGACACGGCCCUCUUCAACCUCGACUCAUACCAGGAGUUCAACUGGUGGACCUCGUACCCACAUGCAGAUGGGCUGACAGUAGACCAGCCACAAACUGGAUACCAGGAGUCUCCACAGACAUACCAGAGCCUGGUGCCCCAACACGGACAGUUUAGCCCAGCCAUGGAGGGCAGCCACAGCCCCUUUCUAACUGGGAAAGGAGCAAAUACAUUACAAAGCGAGACAGAUCAGAGCUACUCGUGUCACUCGGCUGAACUGUACGACUCUGAUGGACAGAGGCAAUCGUCCUCUUUCUGGCCUGAAUAUUCCUCUCCUAGCUUCACUGCCCCCCUACCACACCCGCCUGCGGCCUCCUGCCCCUCGAACCACGGCCCUCAGUCCUCAGAGCAAUACUGCCCCCGUGUGGUCAAACGCAAAAAUACACACACCCAGAGGCCAGACAGAGAGGGGCAGAUCAUGGGAAUGUCAGCUUAUCCAGGUUCUGGUCCAAUCCAGCUGUGGCAGUUUUUACUGGAGUUACUUCUGGACUCUGCCUGCCGAACCUUCAUCUGCUGGACGGGAGACGGCUGGGAGUUUAAGAUGUCUGACCCCACAGAGGUAGCAAAGCGCUGGGGACAGUGCAAGAACAAACCCAAGAUGAACUACGAGAAGUUGAGCCGUGGCCUGCGUUACUACUACCACAAAAACAUCAUCCACAAGACGGCGGGCAAACGCUACGUCUACCGCUUUGUCUGCGACGUGCAGGGCAUGCUGGGAAAGACAGCACAGGAGGUUCUGACCAGUCUGAACGUUUUGCCAACAAACACAGAGUCGUGGCAGUGCCCCGGGGUACCAGCGGCAGCGACAUCGGAGCACAGUAGUGAAACAUGGGCGUCACAGUAGGGACAGGGGGCGAGGACUCUUGGUGCUGCUGGCUGAGAAUGACCAGCACAUUUUAACGGAGUACUACAGCCAACGUGGUGAACACUGCAUCCUCAAGCCCUGGCUGAACUAAAGUAUCCUCAUGGGGUGAUGUUUUAAUUUACAAAUGCUGCAUUUCAGGGGAAAAACUAACUCUCAUAAAUUCAUCAUGCAGUCAGUCUUAAUAUGUAGCUUUUUCUUGAAUAGAAGUCUUCCAAUACCAGACCUGUAAAUACAUAGCUCCUAAACCUCAGAGCUGAAUAACUGCAGCACAGGAACUAGCGAGGGGCAUUUUAAGCACUAUAAAUAGAUAACCUUUGCAACAUCUGGGGGCAUAUUUUCAUGUGAUGUGUUUCUAAGAAGGAAUUGAUUUGUAAAUAGUGUUUAUACAAUUGCUAUGUAGAGUUUUGUGCAUUUAUAUUAUUUUUUUUAAAUACAAAACUCAUGUCUACCUCUGUUGUUAAUCAGAAUGAUAUAAACUGAGAUCAUUUUCAGGCACUCACUGUGAAAGUUUCAGCCUGUGUGAUAAUUGUUUUGUGUAAAUAAAUUUUAUAUAAACAUA